AUGUCUACCUCUCUGGACCAGCUCAAAGCCUCUGGCACUGUCGUCGUCAGUGACUCAGGUGACUUUGCAUCUAUCGGCAAGUACAAGCCGCAAGAUGCCACGACCAACCCGUCGCUCAUCCUGGCGGCCACCAAGAAGCCCGAGUACGCGGCGCUGUUGGAUGCGGCAAUUGAGCAGGCCAACAAGGAGUCGGGCAAGUCGAUCGACCAGAAGGUCGAGUCGGCCCUAGACCACCUCCUGGUGCAGUUCGGCAAGAAGAUCCUCGAGAUCAUCCCCGGCAAGGUCUCGACCGAGGUCGACGCCGCCUUCUCCUUCGACACAAAAGCCUCAGUCAACAAGGCCCUGCACAUUAUCGACCUCUACAAGGCCGAGGGCAUCUCCAAGGACCGCGUCCUGAUCAAGGUCGCGUCGACAUGGGAGGGCAUCAAGGCGGCCGAGAUCCUGCAGCGCGACCACGGCAUCGACUGCAACCUGACGCUCAUGUUCUCGCUGGUGCAGGCCAUCGCGGCGGCCGAGGCCGGCGCCUUCCUCAUCUCGCCCUUUGUCGGCCGCAUCCUCGACUGGUACAAGGCGUCGACCAAGAAAACGUACUCCAAGGAGGACGACCCGGGCGUCGCCAGCGUCAAGGCCAUCUUCAACUACUACAAGAAGUAUGGCUACAAGACCAUCGUCAUGGGCGCUUCGUUCCGCAACACGGGCGAGAUCACCGAGCUCGCCGGCUGCGACUACCUGACCAUUUCCCCCAACCUGCUCGAGGACCUCGUCAACUCGGACGCGCCGGUGCCCAAGAAGCUAGACGCGGCCGGCGCAGCAGCGCUCGACAUUGAGAAGAAGUCAUACAUCAACGACGAGCCCACGUUCCGCUUCGACUUCAACGAGGACCAGAUGGCCGUUGAGAAGCUGCGCGAGGGCAUCAGCAAGUUCGCCGCCGACGCCGUCACCCUCAAGGACAUCAUCAAGGCCAAGCUGCAGUAG